AUGUCCUCCUUCGCGGUAGUAAAAGACAUCGACCAUCUCGUCCUAACCUGCAAUGACAUCUCCGCGACUAUAGAAUGGUACACCAAAUAUCUCGGCAUGAAAUCCGAGACUUUCACAUCCGCAACAGACCCCUCAUCUCCACCUCGCAGCGCCUUAAAGUUCGGCACUCAUAAGAUCAAUCUCCACCAGCGCGGUAAAGAGUUUGAGCCCAAGGCAAGAAAUGCUUUGCCUGGUACUGCUGAUUUGUGCUUUAUCAUUGAGGAUGGGACGGACCUGCAGGUCUUGAUUGAGGGGUUUGAGAAGGAGGGUAUAAAGGUUUUGGAAGGGGGAAAGGUGGUUGGUAGAACGGGGGCUAUGGGAGCGAUUAAGAGCAUUUAUGUUCGUGAUCCUGAUGGGAAUUUGAUUGAACUCUCCCAAUACUCGACUUGA